AUGACAUCGAAAUCCUAUGUAUCUGGUUCACAUGCCAAUUGGGAGAACAUUCAAUUGGAUUCAUUUACAGGAUGGAUUAACCAACAUCUACAAGAGAGAAGUCUGGUCGUCAAGGAUUUGGCAACUGAUUUCUCCGAUGGUGUCAUGCUGAUCAAUUUGUUAGAGGUCAUCUCUGGCAAGAAGGUGUCGCGUUAUGUUCGCAACCCGAAAUUCCUACAACACAAAAUCGAUAAUAUAAUGGUGGCGCUUCUCUUUAUGGAGAAGGUAUUGGAUAUUAAAGUGGUUGGUUGCAACGCCAAGGACAUCGUCGAUGGCAAUCUGAAACAGAUUAUGGGUGUCAGUUUUUUGUUGAUCCAAAAAGUAAAGUCGAGCAUGCAGUUGGAAAUCGAUCCGACACUGCUCAGCGCAAUGUCCAGUAACAGCCUGGGCGGUAAACGCGCCACCAUCAUCGGUACACCAGUAUCUAGAUUCGCACAUAAAUCACUCAACCAAGACAAUAGCAACAGCAAUAACAUUCACAGCGGCGCAUCCGACUCGGAAACAAGCAGUUCCGGAUCGAGUAGCGGAAUUAGGCCGGUCGACAGUCGCGCCACAACAACACCAUCGACCAUCGAAAUUACAAGUGGAGUCGGUGUUAGCACACUGAGAAAUCGAUUCGCCAGUGCACCAACAACAAGACCAACCGAUCUUGGUUCACUGUCGACUUCGCUACCCGCAAGCGGUACAGCCGCUGCAUCUUCACACUCGGUUCUGUCGUCUUCCGACACCAAGCUUGAACGUGGAAUGAUUAGAAAAACAAAGAGCGGUGCGAUUAUGUGUGGAACUUUCGAUUUCGGUGGAAAACAACAUAGUUUACGCAAGCUUGUGGUUGUACAGGCACAUGUGCGUGGAUGGAUCGCUCGUCGUCGCGUGCGUGUUGCCAUGGAGAAACACCGUCAGAGAAUGCGUAGCUACGAAGAACACUUUGCCAGCAAUCCAAAAGCAUAUCGUGGUCUCACCAAAGUUCAAGCUCGUACCAAAGCAAAGAUAGAGAGAAGACGUCUCUGGCGUCAGUAUCCGUUGUUCCGUCGUAACGAUAUCGUCAAGGAGAUCUUGGCGACUGAGCGUAAAUAUGUCAAGUGCUUGGAGAUUCUCAUUGAAUGUUACCUGCGAGAGUGUGAAAAGAUACUGCAACCCAAUCAAGUAAAGAGUAUCUUCUCGCAGAUCGAGGUCAUCAAGAAUGUAAACUACAACUUGCUGACACAGAUGGAGAAUCGUUUCAAGGAGGGAUCGAAACAGCAGCUCGGUGAGAUAUUCAAGCGAACCACCGACUACCUCAAAGUCUACACAAACUACGUCAACAACUACAACGCAUCGAUUGCAGCGAUCAACGAGUGCAAAGAGAACGAGAAGUUUGCCAAGCUGCUCGAGCAGAAUCGUAUCGCCGAGAAGUGUAUGGGUUUGGAUCUGUCGGCUUUCCUGAUCAUGCCAAUUCAAAGACUACCGCGAUACGUUCUUCUGCUGCAAGAUCUCGUCAAGUUUACCAGUGACGACCACCCAGACUACGACAAUCUCUCUGUCGCCUUGAAAAAGAUGAAAGACGUCGCAGAGUACGUCAACGAAAAGAAGAGAGAAGCCGAGAAUCUCAACCAAGUACUCAACAUCCAACACAGUCUUGUCGGUAAAUUCGACAAUCUCGCCGAGCCACAUCGUAGAUACGUUCGUAAAGGUCCACUUGCAUGUCUAGAAGAGAAAUCAAAGAUCUACUUCUUCUUCCUCUUCAACGAUAUCCUUUUGAAAACAGAGAAUAAGAAUCUUGCAAAACAACUAAGUCAAUCAAAGAAUUCAAGAAAUACUCUGACAGGUGUAGAUGAAGGUAAAUUCAAGUUUAUUGUAUCGUAUCAUUUGGAUGGUGCUUCUCUGAUUGAUUUGGCAGAUCCAAACAAUCCGUUCUCAUUCCAGUUGAUCGGUAUCACCACAAACACAGGAAUGGGUAAUGAAUUGGGUGCAUCGAUUGGUACAACCGCAAUCACUCUGACGGCAUCGUCACUCGGUGAAAAGAUGAUUUGGAUCAACGAUAUCGAUGAGUGUAUCUCACAACUACUCGAGAAAACAAGAAGUAAGAAACGAUCACUUAUCACCGACUACGACGAGUUGACAACUGCAACCUAUGAAGCACCGAUCAAAGAUGCCGAAAUGUCUGGUAUCCUCAUCAAACAACACACCGAAAUCCUAUGGAAACAAAAGCAAUUCUAUCUUAAAAAUGGAAAUCUCUUCUAUAAUACAAUCUUUGAAGAUACAAAUGAAAAAUUAGUACAGGUUGUAGAUCACCCACAUUGUUUCCAAUUGAUUACACCGUUGAGAAUCUACUUCUUCUCGUGCCCCGAUGGUCAAACUUUAUUCCUUUGGAUCUCGUUGAUUCGUUCUUCAAUUGCCAAGAAGCUUGAUUCUCUGACUGAAUCCGACGAGGUAAUGUCUUUAAAACAGUAUUCACAAACACAACAAUUGUAUCACUCUCAAUCAUUGAACAACUAUAAUUGUAAUCGACCUGAAAAGAAACGACACUCUCUACCUAUGAAACUUUCCUCUUUUCCACUCUUUAGCUCUCUUCUCUCUAAUGUCUCCUCUAAGCACUCCUCUAGCAAUACAUCGAAUGCCUCGACUGUCAAUAACACGCCACUGAUACACUCUGUCUCUACACCUACACCGUCUGCUUACAACAAUCCUCAUCGUAACCAUCAUCAUCAUCAUAAUCCAUCGGUAUACUUUACGAUCACAUCGGCAUCGUUGCCAAGUGAUCUAUCAUCGACAGGAUUGAGUCAAAGUUACAAUAACAAUUGUAGCAGUUUGAGUAGUAGUUGUAACAGUCUCAGUAGUAGUAGCAGUGGUAGUUGUUACAACAGUUUGAGUAGCAGUGUCGGUAGUAUGACCAACAACAAUUCUACGUUGAACAGUAGCAUUAGCAGUAUUACUAAUUACAACAUUAACAGUAAUGAUUUCCUCUCUGAACCAGCCAAUCAAAGUUGUGCGGAUUGUGGUGCAUCAGACCCAUCGUGGAUCUCAACAUCAUUUGGUGUAGUGCUGUGUGUAGAAUGUUCGGGUGUGCAUCGUCAUCUUCCAAACGGUGCAUCACAUGUAAAGUCACUUCGUGGACUAUCCUCGUCGAACUUGGAUGUCGAUCAUCUCAAGAAUCUCGAUGGCAAUGCCAGAGCCAAUCAGAAAUACGAAAAGAACGUCCCAUCUCAUAUAAACAGACCGUCUCCCAAGGAUUCCGUUGAUAUUCGUCUGCCAUGGAUCUACGCCAAGUAUCUGCCGGGCACUCCCAUUCCAAGUUCGCCAUCGGAAGUCCGUAGAGCAAGUGUGAAGAUGACCGGUGGAAGCAGUCCACCAUCGCCAUUAACCCAACUAUCUGGUUCACUCGUCGGAAGUGUAGGUAAACUCGAUCAUUUUAUAGAAUUGAAGAAUCAAUCAGCAACAUCAACAUCAACAAUGAAAACUAUACCAGAAGAACAAUCAACUACUACUUCUACUUCUCCUACCUCUACUUCUAAUGCUAAUGUAACAACAACAUCAAAUCAAACCAAUACUAACAAAAAUGAACAACAUGACGGUGUGAAGAAUAUCAAUGGUGAGACAAACAAUAGCAAUGUCAGCAAUGCAGAGUUAUUGUCCGAUCCAACUUCCUCUGAAUCAUUAGGUCUCUCAUGUAACAACAGUGCCAGCACCAGUGUAAUAAGUACACCGAACAGUCUAAAUUCAGCAGAUGUAGAUGGUUUAAAUGGAAAUGAAUUUAACCAUCCAAGUAGUUCACCAGUUCUCCUUGCCAACAACAACGCCAACGCCAACAAUGAUUCAAUGUCAACUUCCGAUAGCCAUAGUUCAACACCGGGUGAAUCUUCAUCUACCACAAACAACACUAAUGGUAAUGAUAACAAUAACAACAGUAAUGAAUCAUCACCAACAAUGAUGGCAUCGAGUUCAUCUGCCAACUCUACAGCUUCAUCGAUGUCACCAUGGAAAGGACACAGUCAGUUGCCAGCGAUCGAACGUAAGAAGUCGGUAUUCCUCGACAAACCACGAAAAGAAAUAAGAAAGGAGAUCGACGGUGUACUCUACAAGACGAGCAGUCCAUCGAAAUCAAGUAACUGGAAGAAGUACCAUUUCUUCUUCAAGGACGGUCUGCUCAACUAUUUCAAACUCGACGACAAGAAGAUGAAGAAACCCAGAGGUUCCAUUGACCUCAAAGACUUUUACUCACUGAAAGUCGAACCAAAGCCAAAGCAACAACACUCUUUCACACUAAUCACCAAGUAUCGAUUAUAUUUCUUUGCAUGCGACACCCAUGAAGAUUUGAAAUCAUGGGUUGAAGUUUUAUCUGUUGAUUCUAAAGGUGUAUCCUAUCAAUAA